AUGUUGCCGUACAUGCUUGCUAGUAUCAUUUGCCAAUCAAUUUUGUCAAAUGUAUUUUCUCAAGAAUAUAUCUGUCCAGAUAAUAUGAUGUAUUUGGAUCUGAAACCAUGUGAUCCAAAUGAUCGAAAUCAAUGUCCAAAAAAUUUUGCCUGUCGACGUAGUCGUUUAUCCAGAUAUGGUGCUAUAACCAAUGAAAUAAUUCAUCUGUGUUGUGAAGCUAAUAACAUGACGAUUGGAAGUUGGUUUGAAGAGUUGGAACUUUCACCUCAGAUAUUCCCACAAUUUCCAUCAUCCGCACUCGAUUAUGUAAAUAUAAGUAAUUUCGAUGCGAAAUAUCUCUCACCAAUUAUUCAUUUGGGUGAUGAAAUACAAGUGCUCAAUUUUCCUAAUUAUAUAACUGCUAAUAUACGAGCUUUCAAAUUUCAAUCAAUAACUCCAACUGUUGGUGGAUAUCUUCAUGUGGUCUCAUUUAUUGAUAUAACUAAACGACCAUCUGCAUUGUUCAUUGAUUACGAUUUACCAUCAACAGGUUCCGCUUCAGUAAAUAUUGAAAAUAUCACUGAUUCAAAACAUCAUUUUUUCGGAUAUAUCAGUAAUGGAACCGUUUCUCAACAAGAUACUUAUCGGCAGCAAUAUGUUGUAAUCGUAUAUAAGACCGAGAUUCCUCUAAGCGACCACGUGAAUGUUACCGUUGAUGUAAUGCGCUUCAUUGAUCACAUCUCUUACUUCAUCAGCAAUUCAGCAACUGGUUAUGCUCUCGGUAAACCUAUUGCCGGGUUAUUCUUUUAUGUAGAUUACGUCAAAACGAACAUUAUUUCCGAUACAACCAAAACUUCAACCAAUGCCACCAUAUUUUCCGCAUCAUUCUAA